AUGUUAUUCUCGCCCCUUGCAUCACCGAACUUCGUUUCUGACUUCCACGUUGAAUCGGAUUUGAAAACACGAGGAAUGUCGUCAUUGACAAAAAUAGAAACAACCACAUAUGGAGUGUACAUUGUCUGGACAAUCAUAGGUUGGACUCCGAACCAGAAAUUUGCGCAUGAAGCAGGUAUUGGUGUAUUGGUAGAAAGUUUUUAUAAGGUUGUUAACAGAAAGGAAUAG